AUGGUGAAGCGGUUCCUGGUGGAGAUCUCAAAGCUGGGGGCAGUGGAGGGGGAGAGGUCCUCGCCUGGGGUCCUUCCGCUGCUGAUUCACCCAAGGUCCGUGGUGUGUUGGCACCAGUGUGACAGAGAUCUGGGCUGGAUACAUCCUGAUGCAUGGUCCCUGCACAGAGAAACACGCAGCGUAGAGGGGCUGGGGGUGGUACACCAUGUGCAGUUCGAGACUUUCCCAGCCGAGGUCUCAGUCACGCCGGUGGCGACACACCACGGACCUUGGGUGAACCAGCGGCGGAAGGUGCGGGCCGGACCCCAGGCGAGGACCUCUCCACCUCUGGUGUUCGAGAUUCCACCCAGUAACCGCUUCGCCCCUCUCCGUCAGACCAGACCUUACGCUGUGAUCGUCACACUGCUUUUUACUUUAUAUAUGCUACCUCUAGGUCAAAUUAUUCGUAAACAUGGAAUUAGCUUCCACUGUUAUGCUGAUGAUACACAGUUGUAUGUUUCAGGGAAAUCAGAGGACAGUCAGCAGCUUAGUAAAGUUGAGGAUUGUGUAAAGGACAUUAGACAUUGGAUGUUAACUUAUUUCCUUUUAUUUAAUUCUGAUAAAACAGAAAUACUUGUAUUAGGACCACGUGUAGCUAGAGAUAAGCUUUCUGAUCACAUGGUUACUCUGGAUGGACUUUCUAUUUCAUCAUGUACAGCAGUAAAAGACCUUGGCUUGAUUAUUGACUCCAGCCUAUCAUUUGAUGGUCAUGUAGAUAAUAUUACUAGAAUAGCCUUCUUUCAUCUCAGAAAUAUUUCUAAGAUAAGAAAUAUAUUGUCAAUACAUGAUGCAGAAAUACUAGUUCAUGCAUUCGUCACCUCUAGAUUAGAUUACUGUAAUGCCUUACUGUCUGGAUGUUCCAGUAGGAACAUAAACAUACCCCAGUUAGUCCAGAAUGCAUCUGCUAGAGUCCUAACUAGAACCAGAAGAUACGACCAUAUCACCCCAAUCUUAUCAACACUGCACUGGCUCCCAGUGAAAUUUCGCAUUAAUUAUAAAAUACUUUCAUUAACCUUUAAAGCACUAAAUGGUCUCGCACCACAGUAUCUAAGCGACCUUUUAGUUUUCUAUGAUCCGCCACGCCUACUUAGAUCAAAAGAUGCAGGCUAUUUGACGGUACCUCGAAUAGUGAAGGCUACAGCAGGGGGAAGAGCUUUCCCUUAUAGAUCCCCACAGUUAUGGAACAGUCUUCCAAUUAGUGUUCGGGACUCAGACACAGUCUCAGUGUUUAAGUCUAGGCUUAAAACGUAUUUGUUUACUCAAGCCUACCCUAACUAGACUUUCUGUUGUGCUAAUUCCCAGUCCUAAUAAUCUUUUCUCUCCC